UGUGUCUUAAAAAAAAAAGAUAAGAACUGAAAAAAUUUUGGGGUAAUUUAAAUUAUAACUUAAAUAAUUCUAAUAAAUUCGAACACCAAAAGGGCGUUUCUAUAAAGUAAAACUGCUCCGAGGUUCUUGGAAAAUUAAAUGGAAAUAAUGAGAAGUGAUGAAAUUGAUUUGACUCUUGAUGAAGAUUCUUCGUCAAAUCAUACUGAAGAAAAAACAUCUAAUAAAAAUGAUAAGAAAAUAGAUAAGGGGUCAUCUGAAAAGAGUAAAACUGUAGAAAUCAACAUUAUCAGUUCCAAUGAAACUAGUAAAUCAAAUCGUCCAUCACAAAUUGGAAAAGAAACAGGCGGUCAAGACAUAAUAAUUCAUGAAUCACCGCAUAUUUCAGUGACAAAUUAUGAACAUAAUGAGGAGAUUUCCAAAUUAGUAAAGCAUGAAGAGAAGCUGGAAAAUGGUCAAUACAUUUAUAUAUUCUCUUGCGGGCCAUUUCAGCAGCAAGAAAAUAAAAUUAUAAGACCUAUAAACUGUCAUCCUUGUCGAUAUUCUACUAAUAAUUUUGAUGAAAUAAAUAUUCAUAUUGCAAGUGAGACCCAUAAACGAAAUAUAACCCAUUUAAUAUCAGAAAAAAGAUUUCAAUGUGUUUACAAUCUUUAUGACAGCAGUCCAAAAGAAUUUAAAAUUAUGAUAUGUUUGUUUGGAGGAGAAAAUAUUGCAGAAGUUCAUGAAGAAAAUAAAAAUAGAUUAGUUUACUUCUGUAAAAGCACGAAUCGCUUAAAGGUACAGAAAAUCGUACUUAACGUAACGAAAAAAGAUAUUUUGGCUGAAGUUAAUAAAAAUAGACCAAUACUAGGUUUAGAAUAUUGCAUAAAAUUUAGCAACAAUUUUAGUUAUUUUUGUGUUCUGUGCAAUGAACAUAUCUUGAAAGAUCCACUAAUCCAUUUUGCGGGAAAACUCCAUAUAAAUAAUUUUAUUGUACGCCAUUUUCUCUUGACGAGGGAUAAAAUUUCUACAUUAAUGAAAGAUGUCGUUCAUGAUCCUGAAACCAAGCAUGAAUCAAUUGAAAAAAUUGUUUUGCUCAUAUAUAACGAUUUAGAGAAGAGGCAUAAGUUGAAAAAAAUUAAUAUUUUAGAACAAAAAAUGUUUAAUUGCUUUAGGAAUCAUUUUGUAAAAAUUGUUUGUAACCGCAAACAUUAUUGUGAUGACCAUAUUGCUCAAAUGGAAAUAAAUGCAAUUAUAAAAGAAUAUAUUGAAAAACUGGAAAAAAUCAAAUCAGAGUACCAGAAUGAAUCAAUGGAAAAUGAAGUUGACAGUGAACUUGUCAUUAUUGGCGACGAAAAUGAAAAUGAUCAGAAUUGUUUACCUAUGGUCGAGGGCGGAAAUAAAAACGGUGGCAGCACAAAUCCCAUAGUAGAAAUAGAAUCAGGAACAAUUGAUGAAAACUCUGACGAACUAAACAAAGAAAAUAAUUCAGAUAAUUUAAUUUCCACUGAUGAUCAGAAUUUACUUAUCCUAGAUGUAGAAAAGGAGUUCAAUAAAUUGACAAAAAUUUCAGAUAUAAAAAUAUUCGAUGAUCCAAUAUCAGACGAAGAUGGCCCCAUUUAUUGGGAAAAAAGUAGCUUUAGCUUAGAGUACAUAUGCCGUUUUAAAUACUGCAAUAAUGGACAAGAAAUGUCAAAAUCUAAAUGUACACUAUGCAACAAAUAUUUAACGGACCUAUUCACCAAUCAUGCUACUUCUUCUGUUCAUCGAAUGCUAUAUAUUAACAAGCAUUUCCCAAUACUUAAAUCAUAUUUUCGGAGCAGUUUAAGUCAAAUGAAUUUCAGUGGCGAAAAGGAAAAUACAAUAAUUGGUCAAAUGAUUGCAGAAAUCUGCCAACGUUUACAGAAACGUACGAAAAAAUUAUUAAACCAAUGUAUUAAAAUUAACAUAAAAAAAUUUUACAAACAUAAAUUAAUGGAUAAUUACAUGAAAAGAAUUUGUACUGAAAAAUUACAUUAUGACGACAGGUUUUUUAUAUCCGUUUAUAAAGAAAAAUCCGAGCGGGCAAUAUUUUUAGAAAAAUUAAUAAGAAAAUUUACAGAAUAUUAUGGUAACUCAGAUUGUUCCAAACGAAAAAUUCCUGAUGAUUUGAAUGCAUCUCAUCCAGGCACAAAAAGAACCAAAUUAAAUGAUUCCAUGAAUGUUCCUAUCACAUUGAUAUCGGUACUUAAACUAAUUGUUAAUUGCAAAGAUCUAGAACAGGUUAAAUUAGAAACAAAUAGACUUCUGACUCAUGCCGAAGAAAUGGAAAAGGUUAAUGGAAAUAUAACAGAGUUGAUGAAGAGUAUUGAGUACUUGAAUUUCUUCAAAAAAGUCAUGGAAAUGUUAAAAGAUAUGAUAGAAACUGUAAAUGUCGAUAACAUACCAGAAGAAAGAAUGAGAUCAAUCAACAGAAUUCUUGAUAAUUCCACUUUGUUGAUUGAGUCUAUGGAAGAAGGAAUAGGAUUAAAAGAGGCAGUCAUAUCAGAUGUAUUAACUAUUGAUGAUGAUGAUGAACCAGAAUUUAUAAGCUCUACAGAUUCAAAUAAUGCCUUGAAAAAACUACCAAAUCCAUUUAAUAGUAAAUUUAAAAAACCUACUGUGAAAUCUAAUACCGCACCCAAAGCUAGUCAACAGCAGAAUUUUCAAACAGCUUACGCAAAUAAUCGUAAUAUCGUGAAUAAUGAAAUUCGGGUAAAUAAUCGAAGUAUUGGGCAAUCAUAUAUGAAUAUUAAUAGACCUAAUUCAACAAUUUUAACACUAAAUCCAAAUCGUUAUAAUAAUCCAGUUUUAAAUGUAACAACAUAUAGUGAAACAACCCAGAUGAAUAUGUCUAUUCCAUUAUUGGGAAAUCCAGUUAAUAAUCAAAAUCAAUAUAGAAAUAUUUUCGUUAAUAAUCAACAAAAUCAACAUCAUCGUUUUCAAAAUGCAAAUAUAAAUUUUUCAUCAUACGCUUCAAGAGCAACUAGUGUACAACAAUCAGGUCUUAGACCUCCAACACCAUCAAUUACACCACAGUCCGUGAGACCACGUAUGAUAUCACCAGCAGGAAUACCAAUUGUUUUAUCUAAUGCAACAUCUCAAUCAUCUACAGCAACUGCACAAAAUUCAAUUUUUAAUGCACGAAUAAAUUUUAGAGCAUCUGUUCCACAACCUCCACCACCACCACAACCAUCAUCUUUUCAACAUGUUUCAAUAUCUAAUAAUAGACAAGUUCAUAAUUUUAAUAAUAUUCAUGGUAAUACAUUAUCAAUUACCCAAAGAUUUCAAGCUAUUCGACCACCUUUUACAUUGAAUAGUACUUUUCCAGGGGCAUAUGCAAAUACAAGAAAUUUGUUUGCUGGAAGAACAAAUUUCUAAAUAAUCUUUUUUUUUCCGACAUUGUUUUUAAUUGCUAUUAUAUCUCGUCUAUAUACAAUUAUAGAUAAUUGCUAUAUCAAAUUACAUAAAUAUUUUAAAAGUUUGUAGUCAUUUCAUUAAAUUUUAAGAAUUAAUUUUUAAUAAAUUUAACAAAAAAAAAAUUAAUAUUUUAUUUGACAUAAUAUAAUUAGUGUAGAUGAUAUUGCAA